AUGGCCCUGGGGGAGGAAAAGGCAGAGGUGGAGGCCUCCAUGGAUGGAAAGGCCCAGCCCUGCGGGACAUGGAGCUGCGGGGAGCCAGCAAGCGGGGAGCAGCCUCCACGUCUGGAAGCUGAGGGGGGACCUGCCUCGCCAGUGUGGGGGGCUGAGCAGCCGGCCCCCACGUGCUGGGCUGAGUCUGAGCCUGGGGGGUCCCAGCCCACUCCUGACCGUGAGCCCCCUGCCGUCGCGAGGACUGGAGACUUCCGGUGCUCUGUGGGAAGCCAGUUGGAGGACUCGAGUCUUCCUGCCUCCGUGGAGCCACAUCCGAUGCUGACCGUUCCCAGACCCGCAGCUUCUUGCUCAGGACACGACGCGGAUACCGAGGACGACUUGGCCCCUGGGGACUCGCCCCAGGUGCUGGACCUCAGCCCACAGCCUCGCAGCUCGGGAUUCUCUUUGCCAUCAAGGUGGAAGUCCAGGGCCGGCCCGGGCGCUGCUGGGCCUCAGCUCUCCAGCCGCACCAUCUCCUCCUCCUCGCCAGCCAGCAGCGUCCAGAGCUGUCAGGAGAAGGCCGACCCUCAGAGCUGCCCCCGGGCCGAGGUCUGCCCCUCCUCUGUGGAGCUGAUUGUCCCCCCGUCGCCCAGGUCUCCGGUGGAGCCAGGGCCACGGCUCCCCUGGUCACCACCACCUGUGUCCUCGGAACGUGGAGCUGCGGGGCCCAGCAGGAGACACCUCUCCUUCCAGGCCGAGUACUGGGCGUGCGUGCUCCCAGACUCCCUGCCUCCCUCCCCUGACCGCCACUCCCCUUUCUGGAACCCGAAUAAGGAGUAUGAAGACCUGCUUGACUACACGUAUCCCCUCAGGCCGGGGCGCCUGCCCCCAAAGCACCUCGAGAGCCGUGUGCUGACUGACCCAGUGCUGCAGGACUCUGGUGUCGACCUGGACAGCUUCACUGUCUCCCCAGCAAGCACCCUGAAAUCCCCCACCAACGUUGCCCACAGUUGCCCAACAGCAGAGGCCACGGUCCAGCUGUGCCCUGAGCCUGGAGAGCCGAGCCUGAAGUGCUGGCCUCCCGGAGGGUCCCCGAAGCAGGGCAGCACGAGGUUGCCGUCUUGUCAGCUCGCAUCCACCCCCAGAGUCCCCAGCAGCAGGGCUGCUCUUUGGCAGAGCAGAGAGCCAAGCCUGAGGGGCUCGAAGGUCCGGCUGCCCGUGGGCACGCGCCAGGAGAGGGGCUCUCCCACGCUGAGGACGCAGGGUGGAGGGGGCCCCUCGUGCAAGCCAGUGAGGGAGGGUCACAACGCCCAGCGCACCCCGACCGUGGCCUCGGGCUGGAAAGCAGAAGAGGUGGAGAGUGAAGAUGAGUACCUAGCCCUGCCCCCGCGGCUGAGCCAGGCCUCGAGUUUGCUGUCUUACGUCGGUUCCAUCCCAACCUUGCCCCCACUGCCCGCCGGGGCUGCUGAAGGACGGAGCUCCCUGGACGUCUCGGACAGCGACGGGCUGACUUCUCUGCCGUCGCACUCGAGUCAGAGCCAGCGUCCCUCGAGCAACCAGAGCCGCUGUGUCCUGCGCUCUCUGGCCCGGCCCCCGGGCUCUGCGGGUGAAGGCAGUCUGGUGAGCAGCCAGGCCCUGGGGGUGCCCUCUGGACCGCUGAGCGCCCCCCCUUCCUGCCAGGCCGUGCUGCAUCAGCGGGUGUUCUCCGACCUGGAUGCCGACGGGCAGCCUCACCGGAGAGGAGAGCAGGGGACAGAAUCGCUUGUGCAGUGCGUGAAGGCGUUUUGCCUUCAGCUGGAGGAGCUGAUCCACUGGCUGUAUAACGUAGCAGACGUGAGCGGCCACCUCCUUCCACGCAGGUCCAGCCUCGCAGGCCUCAAGUCCUCGCUGCAGCUUUACCGGCAAUUUAAGAAAGAUAUAGACGAGCACCAGUUCUUGACAGAGAGCGUCUUGGAGAAGGGGGAGCGGCUGCUUCAGAGUCUGCUGGAGAACACCCCAGUGUUAAAGGAUGUGCUGGGGAGGAUCUCAGAGCAGACGAGUGACCUGGAGAGCCACGCGGAUCACGUGUAUGACUCCAUCUUGGCCUCUCUGGACAUGCUGGCCGGCUGCACCCUUAUCCCCGACAGUAAGCCCAUGAGAGCACAGGAGAGUCCGUGUGAGGGGCUGUAG